AUGGCACCCACCGAGGCAUCAAUCCUCGCCAAGUACCUGCUGAUUCCGGCACAGCUGCCGACCAUCAUCUCCCUGAAGGAAUUCACAGAGCUCUUUCCCCGUGCGCAACAGUCAUCCCCACAGGUCAAGAGGCUCUACAGAGACCUCCAGAACCAGAGAAACGCGCUCAUGGAUGUUGUGGAAGCCAACAUCCAGACCGAGGCAAGACGGGCCAAAGCGUUACGACGAGAGAUUCUGAAGGCAAAGCGAGAGGCCGAGGACCAUGAUGUUGACGAUGAGAUCGACAUCGAGAGAGCUCUCUACGGUGCAGCCUCUGGAGCUCCCGUCUCAAAACACGACAUCAACUCCAUCAUCCCAGAGCUAGCUAGCUCUGCAGAGGAGCUUGAUGCCUCAAUACAAGCCCUGGAGAGGGAGGAGGCCGAGCUGUUGCAGUCCAUCAAGCAGACAGUCGGCAACAUGAGCGACCUGCGCUACGGUCGAUUAUCCAACGGACAGCUCACAGAGCAGGUUCUGGAAGGCCUACAAAAUGUGCAAGAGACGUGUCAGGCAAGACAUUAA